AUGGACCUUGCAAUGCUAGAAAAGACUAAAAAUGACAAGAUACUUUCUCGGUUCAUUAAAAAAGGAGGGAGCACAAUCAAGGAGUUAGCUCAAUCCAUUAUGGAGAAUGCUACUGCUGCUACUAAGAAGAAAGCUGAAGCUGCCAAAUCUUCGGCCAAAGACAGUAGUGCCCCAGGGUCAACGACGUCUCAAGCUACAAAGCAGCGAGAAGCUACAAAUAGCUCAUCUCAGCCUAUUGUCGGUAUCAAGCGGGCCAGGGAAGACGACAGUAGCACAACAUUGACGAAGCGGGUGGUAUCCCCAUCAUUUGUAAAGGGCACCACCCGAGUCGUGUCUGGAGGCGCCUCGGCCGCAGCAAAGAAAAUGACCGCCCCUGCAAAGGACGGCAGAUCAACCCCUAAUGGCACUUCCCAGGCAUCUACAAAACCCAAAGCCAAUAUAGUCAUACCUAAGCCCACGCCGAGUCUUUUCAGCAGCUUGAUGUCAGCGUCAAAGAAACCUGGAACAUCAAACGCUGCUCGUGCAGCAGCGGCUGCCGCAGCAAAGGAUAAGCCGACUAGUGUCGUUACUGAGGUUAAGACGACUCCUCAGCCAGCUCCGCCGCCGGUAGCAAAGCCUGCCUUUUCUUUCUCUGAGACUAUGGCCAAUUUGAAUAAGCCUCGAGAACGUAGUCCAUCAAAACAGGAAGAAGACAGUCCACCCGAGACAGAUGAGGAACGCAAGAAGCGGCUUCGGAAAGAGGCACGGAGGAAAUUGCGAGUCACCUGGAAGCCAGACAGCAGUCUCACAGAAGUGCGUUUAUUCACUCAUGACCCUGAGGAAGAGAUUGGCUACGAUGACAGUAUGAUGCGUGAUGUCGGCGAUGUCGCUGGGGAGGGUAGGACUCUUAAACUUCACCAUGGCUUGGAUGACCUUGAUGAUGAGGACGAGGGCUGGAACGAAGAGAGCUUAGCACCAUACACGGCCCUCUCAGCCAUCGACUUUAGUGACCUUCUAGAAGAAGACCGGGAGAGGAACUUCAUCAAGACCGGCGGUUCAAAGACUGCAGAUAGCCCCGAGAAGACGGCGCAAGAUCAGCGAGAAGCCACUACUCUCAGCGUUUUCUAUACUUCUCCCUCGGAUAUUCCAAACACCCCCAAAGAGCCUCCGCCACCGGACAAUGACGAUGAACCAUAUAGCCCUCUCGUACCGUUUGGAGAACCAGAUCACUUUGUCAAGGCCCGGUCACAGCGAUACUUUGAUUCCCGCUCGCCACCCGUCCAGGCAGCACCUCAGGCUACUCCUGGAGCUCAACCAAACAACGCAGCUCCUCUUGAGAUAUCGUCCCUAUUAAAGAUUCUUCAGCAAAAUCAGCAGCCUCAACCAGUACAACAACAACAACAGCCGGCUAUGCCUCCCAAUGUUCCUGAUUUACAACAAACGCUCGCCCAAUUUACAGCCAAUGCACAAUCGCCUCAAUUGCAACAGACUUCCCAGUCAGGGCAGGCCCCUAGUGCUCAAGGUCUGGAUUUCCAAAAACUGCUGGCAGUUAUGAACGCCCAGAAAAAAAUGCAACAGGCUACCGCUUUCCCCCAAAUUACUACCCCUCCAACCCCCAAUCUAGCUGCUAUUCUCUCUCAGCUUUCGAAUCCAGCUAGCCAAUUACAACAGCAGCAGCAGCAGCAAAAUCAGGGCCAAAAUACAGAUUCACAGGCAUUCAAUCAGACCUUUUAUGAGGAUGGGGAUAACAAGCGCAGCUAUGAAGGUGAUGAUUCAUAUGACCAUAACAAACGUGCAAAGAUCAAGAAACAU